AUGUCUGAUAAUGAAUUAGAUGAACUUCUUUCACAAUUAAAAGAUACAUGUAAAAAAAAUCGUCAUCAUUCAUCAAAUGAAACAAAUCUUAAUAAUAUACUUAAAAAAAUUGAUGUAUUUAUCAAUCGACGCCAGAUGAAAUUACUUAAUCAUCAUAAACGUUUCGAUGAUUUACAACGUGAUUUAUUAUUGUCUGAAUGUGAAAGUUCACGAAAUCGUGCAGCACUUGAAAAGAAAGACUUCGAAGUCAAUCAAUUACAUAUGAUGUUAAAUAAAGCUGAACAAACCACUCAAAAUAUAAUGAUGAAAUAUGAUAAUGAAGUACAAAAAUUGACAGGACAACUGUCCAAUGUUCAACAAGAAUAUGAACGAUUAAAAGUCAUGCAUAAAAAUAAUCAAAAUAAUAUAUCAAUGAAUGAAGCAUUAAAUGAAAUCGUUCAUCUUCGAGAGCUUAAUAAGAUGCUUGAAAUCGAUAAUCAACGUUUAUAUACUGAAAACGAUCAACUAAAAGAAACUAAUUGUCAAACUCAUAAUCAUGAAGAAAUUAUUUUACGUGAAAAAAAUGCUCAAUUAGAAAAAUUAAUUAAUUCUUUACAACGCAGUAACCAACAACCACUAUGUGAUCAAGGUAUUGAUUCAACAGUUUUUGAAUCAAAAAUUAAAACUCUUGAAAAUGACAUUGACUUUUAUAAACAUCGUUCUGAUCAGCAAGAAAUAGAAAUUCGUCGAUUAGUCAAUGAACUCAAUACUGAACGUGAACAACAUAAAAAUGAACUUGAUACUUAUCGAAAAAAUAUUAUUUCUGAUGAAAUCGAUAAACUUCGUUCAUCAUUAAAUAAUAGUGAACUACAAUGUAAUUUACUUCGAUUAGAAUUACAACGUUUACAAACAGAAAAAGAAAUCCUUAAAGUACGUUUAAUUGAAGAAAACAUACUAGAUAGUCCAACAUCUGAAAUCAAAGAAAUUGAUAAUAUUAAUUAUGAAAAGUUUAUUCGUAAUGAACUUGACAUAAAUAUUGAUCAAGCUAAUAAAUUAAUUAAUCAUUCAAAUUGUCAUAAGAAAAUUUUAGAAGAAAAAAUUCAACAAUUAACAAAUGAAAUCAAUCAAUUAAAAAAAGAAAAUAAAACUAAUAAUGUUAAUGACUUAUCUAUACAAAUAUAUCAAUAUAAUGAAAAUAUUCUUCAUGCUAAACGUGAAAUGAAUAAAUUACAAAUGGAAAUAACAGAUAAAAAUACAAUUAUUUAUAAUUUAUAUAAAAAAAUUGAAUGUCUUGAACAAGCAUUAAUGAUUUCAAAACAACGAAUGAAUGCACAACUGAAUGAAAUUGAAAAACAUAUUCCAAUAUUUAUAGAUGGAUUAUCAACAGAUGAUCAAAGUCAAAUAUGUCAAUCAAUUGAUCUGAAUAAAAAUUUAUGUACAAGUUCACCUAUAAAAUCUGCUGAUAUAAAUAGUGAUAUAUCAUCAUCAAGUAGUACUCGGUGUCAAAAUCAUGAACAACUUUCAUCCGAUCAUCGAAAUUUUCUUUCACAUUGA